AAAAUGUUAAUCGAAGUAAUUAAGUGAUAUAUUCUUAAAAGCAUUCCAAUAUGAAUAAUUGCACAAUUCUAUGUGGAUAAACAUGAAAACAACGAAUUCUCAAUUAAAAAAAAUUAGAUAAAAACUAUAACACAUAUUAUUAAUGCCAAUUAUUGAGUACAUAAAGAAUUGCGAAUACCAAAAUGAAAUAAAAUAAUUUCGUAAUUGAAGUGGAAAUGCUUAAAUUUAAAUGUCUAAGACAAAUUUAAAAAAUUUUAAAAAUUUUUAAAAAAAAAGUCAAAGAAUCUCAUGAAUUUUUCAACUUUGAAAUAACCUUGCUUAAAAAAAAUUAAGUAAAUAAACAGCGUAACGCAAUGCCAACAUUAACUACUCGAAACUCGCCAUCCACCACAGCAUCAACAACAGUAACUACUCUAGGCACUUCAGCAACAAUGGCAACAAUUUCAACAGGUUUAGAUACGGAAACCACUGCAGCCAUUCCAAAAACAAUUCCCUCAACAACAAUAACAACAAAUUCCAAUCCAACAACUUGCACUUUUGCCGCAGCAAAUGAUGAUUAUCAGCAACAUAUGCAACAAUCGAUGCAACAGCCACUUACCCAGCAUCAGCAGCAUCAACAGCAUCAACAGCAUCAACAGCAACAGCAGCAGCAGCAACAACAAUUGCAUUUUAGUAAACAUCAUUAUCAUUAUCCGCCGCCGCCUCAGCCAUCAUCAGUAGCUACAAAUUCUCAACAAUUCAGUGCUGCUGAUAGUUUAGUAACAACUACUGACUUAGCAGGAACAACAAUGGCAGCAGUUUCGAUGCCUAAUACAACUGACACAACUACUUUUAACGGAAACUCAAACUUAAAUGUUGCCAACGGAAAUAACAACAGCAGUUGCAGUAACAAUAACAAUGGCGGCAGUAACAACGGUAACGGUAACGGUAACGGUAACGAUAUUUAUACGCUAAAUUGUGUAAGUUCUUGCAACAAAUCAGAAACAUCUUCAAAUGCGGGCAGCAUUGGCGGUGGCAACAUCAUCGGCCAAGCAAUUCAUACUAAUUUCAUGAAGAAAACUGCAUCAAUGCAUGCGUUACAAAUGCAAAUGAACGCUUCACGUGAGGAUGUGGCGUCGUUGGGUGGUGCUUCAUCGAUUAAUAGUCAAAUAUCCGCUUCGAAUAGCAAUAAUAAUAAUGCUGUUAACAAUGGCAACAAUAACAAUGGCAGUAAUAAUAUUAUUAAAGGAAGUAAAGAGAACCUACUUCAAAAUUAUAUAAACGGUGAUGCCUGUGACAGAAGUACGACACCAUCUCGUAAUAUAGAACGCGAUGACCCAGGUGACGGACUAGGACCACUACCACCGAAGUGGGAAACAGCUUAUACAGAGCGUGGAGAAUUAUACUUCAUCGAUCAUAACACCGGUACAUCUCAUUGGCUAGAUCCGAGACUUUCAAAGUUUCAAAAGAAGUCGCUUGAAGAUUGCGGUGAUGAUGAAUUACCUUAUGGCUGGGAAAAAAUUGAAGAUUCUCUAUAUGGAACUUACUAUAUUGAUCAUGUUAAUCGUCGUACACAGUAUGAAAACCCAGUACUUGAGGCUAAGCGUCGUGCAGCAGAACAAAAACAAAAGCAACAGCAGCACCAACGACCUCAGACGCCUUCUACACAAAGUGUACUUCUUAGUGGGAUUGACAUUAAUAGUACCGUUGGUCAAUCUCAUGGUAUUGGUUUAAAUGCAACCAAUUCAGUAAUGAAUCCAUUGCCUUCUACAAUGGACAUAGCACAACGUGGUAUGCAUCCACCACCACUGCUUUCAUAUCCACAAAAACAUAUAAACACAACCAAAGCUUUAUUGCCUUACAAGUUUACAAGAAAUCCUGUUGAAAUGCAAGGGGAACGUAUAACUACGACUUUGUUAAAAUCAGCACGUGGACUUGGUAUAACAAUCAUCGGUGGCGAUGAUAAUAUUGAGGAGUUUUUACAGAUCAAAUCGAUUGUGCCAAACGGUCCAGCAUGGUUAGAUGGUCAACUUCAAACAGGAGAUGUCCUCGUUUACGUAAACGAUACCUGUGUACUAGGAUUUUCACACAACGAAAUGGUAAAUGUGUUUCAGUCCAUUUUGCCAGGCGAAACUGUCACUUUAGAAGUAUGUCGUGGUUAUCCGUUGCCUUUCGAUCCUAAUGAUCCCAACACAGAGGUUGUAACAACAAUUGCAGUUGAUGGGAUCGUAACAGAACCAGAGAAACAGCGACGCAUUUUGAUGGAUUUAAAUAUGGAUGGUAAUUACAACUUUUUAGAUUUAUCGGGUGAAAAUAAUGGUGGCAAAAUUUCUGUAGACGCUACAACUAAUGGAGGUUUUAUAUUAAUGAAAAAAUCUGAAGUGCAUGUAUUCUCUAUUGUUAAGGGUGCUAUGGGUUUUGGGUUUACCAUAGCAGAUUCAGCUUACGGACAAAAAGUUAAAAAAAUUCUUGACCGUAAUAGCUGCACCCACUUAAACGAAGGCGAUUUGCUACUUGAGAUAAAUGAAAACAAUGUGCGUAAUAAAUCACAUUUAGCUGUGGUGCAAAUCUUAAACGAAUGUUCGAAAACCGAGCCAACCACUCUAAAAAUACAGCGCGGUGCUACCACAAACUCUUCUAUUUCACCAAGUGGUAAUGUGGCCAAACUACGUAAAAAUUUUUUGGUUAGCAAUGGACUUUUUCGUAGUAAAACGCCUACAGCAGAUCUUUAUAGCACUCAGCAGAAAGAAAUUUUGCCUAUACGUCCGAAAACGCCGCUAGUCGACACGCGGCGUGCUCGUGUUAAAACUCCCAAUAAUGAGCUUAACGAUGCUGAAGUUGCUGCUGCAACUACCAAUGGCGAUGCGAAUAUGGAACGAUCUUUGGCGGAUAGUAAAUCGCAAGUUGAUGCAAAAUCUACAAAUAGUUUGCAAGAAAUUGAUGCUAUAACACGAGAAAUACCUUUUAUGGACCCUUAUCCGAAGUUAGUGACCAGUUUAAGUGAACGUUUGGCCGAAGCAACUUUAAUGGGUGAUCCUGUGGCGGGUUCGGGUAUAAGUACAACAGGAGGUCUAGCUACAAACUCCAUGGAUCUUGGUUAUCAUUUACCGCCCUCCGUUGCACGUUCAAAUUAUGAAAAUCAGGAAUAUGUUACAACACGAAGUCAUAGCAAUAAUUAUAAUCCUAUUUAUGGCCUAGCAUCUAUGCCACCUACGAUGAGUCCAAUUAAUCCAGUACACAACAUUACUGCAGCCAACCAUCAUUUAUCUCAAGCAAACAUAAUGCCGCCCACUUAUCAUCAUGAGUCUUGUUAUUGUUAUGAUUGUCAAGAUUAUCGCGGCAACAAAUUUCGAUAUCCACAACAACAGUCAGCUAAUUAUUAUGGAAAUACAAUGUCAGCAUUAUCUACACUAACACCGCUGAGCCACCAACAUUCACAAUAUUCACCUGCAACACUACAUUACACCUCGAAUCCACUACAAACAGCGCAUUUACAAAAUGAACGCAUGCAAAAACGCGUCAAUGAGCUGUUGAAUGAUCGGCGCCGAGUUGGUUUUUCACCUUUGGAUACUCAACUUUCCGCGCACACAAGUGUAGCGGGAGGUGGUGCAUAUUUAUCAACUCAACAGCAACACUCACCAGCUGUGAGCAAUGUUUCACAGCAUGCGCUUGGCAUGACUACUUGGUCUAAUAGUGGCAGUAGCGCUAGCAAUUAUAAUACUUUACAGCCAGCUGUGCUUGGUGCAACUGGGUUGUUAUCGCUAAGAAAUGCAAUUGAUGUUGGGGACGACACAGAGCAAUACGAACUCAAUGAGGUGACCUUAGAACGCCAAGCUUUAGGUUUUGGGUUUCGUAUUGUAGGUGGGACCGAAGAAGGUUCCCAAGUAACAGUCGGACAUAUUGUACCCGGAGGUGCAGCAGAUAAUGAUCAUCGCAUAACAACUGGUGACGAAAUUCUUAGCAUUGAUGGUGUAAAUGUGUUAAAUUCGUCACAUCACAAAGUGGUAUCUCUGAUGGGUGAAGCAGCUCUACGUGGGCAAGUUACAAUGAUUUUACGUAGACGUUUGCGUAAUGCACAUAAUGAGUUAUUACAACCUCAACAUACCCCACAGUUGUUAAGAACCCCCAUACGUUUUCCGUAUGAUAUUAUAGUAAAUCGCCAUGAGCAUGAGGGUUUUGGUUUUGUUAUAAUAUCUUCAUCAAACCAAUUUUAUGGCUCAACAAUUGGUAAACUUAUACCAGGUAGUCCAGCGGAUCGUUGUGGAGAGUUAAAAGUUGGUGAUCGUAUUAUUGCUGUGAAUCGAAUAGACAUUGCUGGUAUGUCCCAUGGAGAUGUUGUUAAUUUAAUAAAGGAGUCCGGAUUACAUGUUCGUUUAACCAUUGGUUGCCCAAAAGAUGUUAAUAAUGCCACAGGUACAACUCCUAAUACGUUACUUAUGAACGCAGCACAAGCUUCACCUGGCCAAGUAUCACAAACACAUCUGGCACAUUCACCUAUGGGACAAACAAAUCAGAAACAGCAAGCAGAGACUGAGACAGCAACAUAUAUGGAACAUCCAAAUGCCACUGCAUGUUCGGUACCAUCAACACAGCAGCUACAGCAAAAUCAAUUGCCCCAAUUAUGACUUUGAGAUUUACGAAUACGGCUCUAUAAGAGUUUUCACUAGUUUUAAUAUACAUUGUAAAUAUAAUAUAAUUUAUGCUAACUUAAUUUUUAGUUUUGUUUUAAGUGUGAAAUAAACACGUUGUCAGUUUAUUAUAUACAUAUUAAAUUAAGUAAUUCUAGUAAAAAAUUUCCCGCCCUAAAGACUGAAACUUUAAACGCAAGGAAUCACUUAAAGUCUAAAUUUUGAGUGAAUUAUAUAAUGCAAUUAAUUAUUAUUGUCCACCUUAUAAAAAUGGCCUUUGUUAUAUAAAUUUAACACUAAAUAUAGAAAUAUUUAAAUCUGAAUUCCAGUAGAAAUAAGUUAUAAGAGAAAUCU